AUGGAACAAAUAGGCGAAGACCUCUUCGGCUCAACCUUCACCGAAUGGCCCAUCCUCCUGCGUCCAGUAUGGGCAACCAUGAUCUUCAUCAUCGGUGGUAUCAAGCUAUUCUACUAUUUUCUGUUACCAGCCGCCGCCGCUAUUAUCAUUCUACUCUUGGCUGUUGUGAUAGUGGGCGCUUCGGUUGGGUUUCUUGUUAGAGGCAGGCAGCUGGGUUCCAAUGAAGAUGAGACGAAGCGGAAAAGAGAUGAUAAUGAGACUCGGCGCAGUGUGCAGCAUCGGCUUGAGGCUGGGGAGCUGAGAUGA